CUGCCGCCAGUUGAGCUCGAAGUAUCAGUCUCAGGUUUGUGGUCUUUCGAUAUGCAAUGUGAAUUUAUGAGGAACUACUGUUUCAUGGCUUAAUUUCAAACAUGUAUCUGACACGGGAAUGCCGGCAACAUGUAGUCUGAUUUUGUUUCCAUCGUGUUGUGGUCAUGAUAUUGUCGAAGCGUGGUGGCCAGUUAACCAGUUUGCUUCAAUGUAUGCUAGCCACAUGUCUCGCGCCGAGGUUAUCUAACUAGCAAACCUUUUCGUCGUCGUGUAAUAUGAAAGCAUUUAGAUAUAUGUCGGGCUUUCCACACGACAUGCCUACAUUAUAUGGAUGUAGAACUACUUAUUGUGUACGGUGGUCACAGUAGUAUUACUAAGUAUUUGUCCCGAGGCCCGUGUUGUCGUUGAAAAGCUGUUGCAAGCUAUUCCAAAAUGUGGAAAUGCAAGUUGUGUGGUUUUUCUACUGCCGUUAAAGUGCGGUUAAUGAGUCAUUACAGACUAUUACAUGGCCAGUACUCUGCAACAUGCCCAUUACCAUGCCCCUUUUACCAUUGCAUGUGCAAUUUCAGAACCUUCAAUUCGCUAAAGGUUCAUAUGUCUCGAGUGCAUGAUCAUGCAACGCCGAGGUCUGGGAGGGAAGUUGGCAGUAGGGUUUUCAAAUGCCCACUUUGUGAAUUUAGACAGCCGUUUGUUGAACGUGACAUGUUUCUCCACCUCGGUAGACAUUUACAACAAAAACAAAUAGUCCCGUGUCCAUUCAAAGACUGCACAUUUACCUCAAAUGUGCAUUCUACAUUUCGAUCGCACAAACACAGGGAACAUAGUAAUUCUUCAGACUAUGCACCUGAGCUGGUUCAGCCGAUUUCGUCUGACCCUCCUCAAAAUUGUGUCAGUGAGGAAGGGUCUGAUGAAUUCGAUGAGGAGGAACCCUUUCACUACGAAGUAGAUGACACUGAUGCAUUGGAUCAGAAAUUGGAAUAUAAUUUGGCUGCCUUCUUUUUGAAGAUGGAAUCGAUUCUUCAUGUUAGUAAUAGAGCAACACAAGAAAUUGUUGAGCACAUUGAUCAGCUCUUUACUCUCUCUGAACCCAUCCUGAAGAAAGUAAUUGGUGACAGUCUGAAAAAGCACAAUUGCCCUGUUACUGACACAAUUGUCACUUCAAUUGUGCAAGCAGUUUCAGAGUGUAACAUCUUACACAGAUCAGUGAAAAGUGAAGGUCUGCUGUCAACAGCCAAGAGGAGAAAGUCAUAUGUACAGCAGAGGUUUCCACAUAUCAAACCCAUUGAGUACCUUAUUGAUGGUACCCAAAGAAAAUGUGUUUAUGUGCCUCUUCUCUCGUCCUUACAGGAAUUGAUGAAAAAGCCGGAUAUUGCAGACAUUGCAUUUCAACCAAGAACCGCAAAUCCUGGGUUUCCACCAGACCUGCUGCAUGACCUCCUGGAAGGUGUAGUGCCUGUGGAGUUGGCCCUUUGCUUGCAAGGCAAUUCCUGUUGUACCGAUGGCCUCACCCCUGAAGUUGCGCGUCAUUUUGGCUGAUGACAACGCUGAAAUUCUUGUCUUGCCAUCUCGACCCAGUACAGUUGACGAACUAGUU